GGGACUGGUGGAGGCUCCCGACUCUGGCACUGGGAAAUAUGACAGCAGAAGUGAAUGCUCCUUAACAUAAGGGAUUUACUGAAGAAGAAAGACAAAAUGCCUUUCAAAGGGCUCGGUUCAUUGAAAGAAAGAUUUUUUAACCCAGGAAAGGAAGAGGUGAAGAACACCAUUAGUGACUCGCUGGGGAAUCUGAGAAGGAAGAUUGAUGGCACCAACGUGGAGGAGGAGCCCCUUGAGCUGACAGCGGAGGGGCGGCCUGUGCCGGCCAGCAGCCGCCGGCCAGCGCUGUGCGAGUGCUACUGCUGCGGCCUGCCCAAGCGCUACAUCAUCGCCAUCAUGAGCGGCCUGGGCUUCUGCAUCUCCUUCGGCAUCAGGUGCAACCUGGGCGUGGCCAUCGUGGAGAUGGUCAACAACAACACUGUCUAUGUCGAUGGAAAGCCAGAGCUGCGGACAGCCCAGUUCAACUGGGAUCCAGAGACUGUAGGACUCAUUCAUGGCUCUUUUUUCUGGGGUUACAUUGUGACACAAAUUCCAGGAGGGUUCAUCUCAAACAAAUUGGCUGCUAACAGGGUAUUUGGGGCAGCUAUCUUUCUAACAUCUACACUGAACAUGAUCAUCCCUUCUGCAGCAAGAGUGCAUUAUGGCUGUGUGAUGUUUGUCAGGAUUCUUCAAGGUUUGGUGGAGGGUGUCACGUACCCAGCCUGCCAUGGGAUGUGGAGUAAGUGGGCCCCGCCGCUGGAGAGAAGCAGGUUGGCUACCACUUCAUUCUGUGGGUCAUACGCAGGUGCGGUGGUGGCCAUGCCCCUGGCAGGUGUGCUGGUACAGUAUAUAGGAUGGUCAUCAGUCUUUUAUAUUUAUGGAAUGUUUGGGAUUGUUUGGUACGUGUUUUGGCUGCUUCAUGCCUAUGAAAGCCCUGCUGCCCAUCCAACAAUAACCAAUGAAGAAAGGACAUAUAUAGAAACAAGUAUAGGAGAAGGAGCCAACCCAGCUAAUGCAAGUAAAUUUAGUACUCCCUGGAAGAGAUUUUUCACUUCAAUGCCAGUUUAUGCAAUCAUUGUGGCAAAUUUCUGCAGAAGCUGGACCUUCUAUUUGCUCCUUAUAAGUCAGCCUGCUUACUUUGAAGAAGUCUUUGGAUUUGCAAUAAGCAAGGUUGGCCUUUUGUCAGCAGUUCCUCACAUGGUCAUGACAAUCAUUGUGCCCAUCGGAGGGCAGCUAGCUGACUUCUUACGGAGCAGGAAAAUCUUAACCACUACCACUGUAAGGAAGGUCAUGAACUGUGGAGGCUUUGGGAUGGAAGCAACCUUGCUUUUGGUGGUUGGUUAUUCUCACACAAAAGGUGUGGCUAUUUCCUUUCUGGUGUUAGCAGUAGGCUUCAGUGGCUUUGCAAUUUCAGGGUUCAAUGUGAAUCACUUGGACAUAGCCCCUCGUUAUGCCAGCAUUCUGAUGGGGAUCUCCAACGGCGUGGGGACGCUGUCGGGAAUGGUGUGCCCCCUCAUCGUUGGUGCAAUGACAAAACACAAGACCCGUGAAGAAUGGCAGAACGUCUUUCUGAUUGCAGCCCUGGUGCAUUACAGUGGUGUGAUAUUCUAUGCUAUCUUUGCUUCUGGGGAGAAGCAGGAAUGGGCUGACCCCGAAAACCUCAGUGAAGAGAAAUGUGGCAUAAUUGAUCAGGAUGAACUGGCUGAAGAAACAGAGAUGAACAAUGAAACUUUUGUAAGUCCAAAGAAAACGUAUGGUGCUACCAGUCAAAACAGUGAAGUACAGAGAAGGGAAUGGAGGAAGAAAAAACAAGUAACUCAAGAUAUUGAGGAACAGACUUCUUACCAUUAUGAAAAUGGAAAUUUUCAAGAUUUGUCUUAAUACUUGAAACUGUAAGAUUUGUAUAGCUACUCCCAUGACAUCUACCAUCUGCCCCAAAUCAACAGGUAUCCAUAUUUAUUGUCUUACUUAAUUAGGUUAUAUCUGGCCAAUUGGCUAGAUUUGAGGGGUGAUAGUUCCCUUCCAGUGGUGUGUAAGAAGGCUAACAACAAUGGGAUUGCGAUAAGUGAUCCUAAAUCCUCUCCCAGCCUGCAUGGGUCAACCAGCAUGACCCUGGGAGACCAGCCCUGGCAGGGCUCCUGUCUGAUGCAAGCUGUAGAACUGACUGUAGGAGCAAGGAGUUCCCUCAUCAUCUCAUCUGAACAGCAAAAGGACAAGUGACAUCAGAUGGUGGAUCCACAGUGAUCUGUGUAAUCCCUGGGUCUCCAGUGGUGCCACAGCCCGUAGUGAGUAGCCCUGUUUUGCCUAUUUAGGAUUCCUGUAGGGUGGCGUCUGAACUGCUUAAUCCACGUCAAGCCACAAACUCAUGCUAAAAGAUCAGAGCAGAGGGAAAAGGAGAUUCAUGACAGUAGGUUGUAAUUAAUUACUAAUAGUCACUCAACAAUGGGAAGGGGAACAUGUGGCAGAGGUGGCACAGGUUUGCUUCAACAGUUCUUAAAAAUUGAUUGGCAGAUAUCUUUGUAUGAGAUAACAGAGGACAGAGUAUGGAUAAGACAAUAAAAUGGAUACUUUUAUUUCUCCCCCUCCAAAGAUUUUGCGCUGGCAUGAAAUAAUUUUGAAUACAAAAUCAUCAUUAGUGAUGCAAUAUUAUUAAUCCUUAUGAAAGGAAAUUUUAGCCCUGUUUUGAUUAGGAUUCUCACUCAAUUCAUUAUUGUGAAGUAAUUGGAAUAUAUUUUUCUAGUAUUAUACUGGUAGACUUCCGGGUCUCAACACCAACAGUCCUCAUUUAGGUAAAUGAGCUUAUUUACAGAGGUAAAGUAUUUAGUUCUGGAGCUGUAACUUUUCAAUGCCUCAGUCUUGUUCUUGCUAUGAAUGAAGCACUGUACCUUUUGAGAGUUAAUGAGGUAUCUAUGUAUAAAAGUAAUUAUUCUCUGCCUUUGGUAUAUAUUUGACAGCAUAAAAUGGCUUUAGCCUUUUUCUACCAUUUUUAGAAUCAAACAGUGGAGCAUGCUGUAUCAUCUCAAACAGCUGAAACUCAGAGACUCAUUGUGGCAUUAACAGUCUUUUCAGAAUGGAUAAUUUCAGUAAGCUGUGAUUUAAUUUUUUUUCUCAUUAUAACUACUGCCUCAUUAAAUUCAAGUGAAAGCUAUCUUGUCUAGCCUACUCUGUGCUUUGUGAUGUUUCAGUAUUAUUAUUGUUCUCACGUACCAUAUGCAGCCAUUGUGAUGCACACAAGUUUUGAACAUUUCUCAGAUGCAUUUUGCUAUUUUAUUGAAGUGCAAUUGAGUAGUAUGAGUGCAAUUACACUUGUACAUUCACUUGAAUCCAUGGAUGAUUUAUCUUCCCUACAAACAGGUACAUUGGGAAGUUAGCUAAUCCUCUGUUCAUUUCUCUUGCUUCUCUUCUACUUAGAAAAAUCCAAUCUGCAACGGUGUAUGAGUAAGAAGAAAAGUGAGUUGAAUGGAUACAUGCCUAAUUUGACUACAGUGAAGACUUUUUAAUUGAUAUGAGCAGAUAAUUUAAUGGAAGGGGUAGUUUUAUGGUACAGCUCAAUCCUGCUUAAAAAAACACCAGUUUAUUAAUAAGCCAUUCCAAAAAAAAAUUUGUCACUUAAUUCUGUUAGGUUAGAAAAUAUCUUCUUUUUUUUUAAUUCAAAACUUCAUUUUAGACUAGGGUUGCUUAUUUCACUGCUAAUUUUUAGAACAGGUACAAGAAAAUAUCUUAUUUCUUUUAGGUGAUAGUCAGCUUUUGGGGAUUUAAUUGGCAGGAACUUGGGUCAAGUAUUCUCAUCAGUCUAUCACAAUAGCAGGACCAGCUGCUGUCAAACUAUUUUGCAGCAUCCACCACAGUUUACAAAAGAGGUCCACCAUUUUGUAAAUGAGCAAAACAAACAGCUUCUUCCUCCCUCUCAAAUAAUGUAACGUUCAUAUAAGUGCUACGGGAAGUCUAAUAGGGAAAACUCUAAUAUGAAAGGAUUUCAUAUGAGAAUCUGUGUAAGUGUAAUCUGAUGGAGGAAAGAGAAGACAAUGUAUUAUUCUAGAAACAGUAACAUUUUUGCUUAGGAGCAGCAUCAUUUUUCCAGUAAUGAUGAAGGGUAACUUUCCUGUUGUUAAGAGGAAUACAAAGAGUGUGAAUGUUGUUGUUAUGACAAAGAACU